GAGAGUGCUAUUUUGAAUAGAUGUAUUACUUUGUGUAAUACUGCAUACCCAAGUAUUUGUAGAUAGCAAUUUCAGUUUGUUAACCGCCAUUACAAAAGAACAGUAAUCUUUAUCAUACUUUUCGUGUACUAUUCUAGGAGCUCUGUUGUGACUGUUCGCAUUGAUAUUAAAUGAAAGUUUCACUGUGGCUUUAAAACUAUUCUGUUUUAAAUCUUUUCAAAUUGGCCCCUAUGUUUUAAAUUUUAAAUACUAAGUGAAUACAUCUUCAUAGCUUAAAUUUUUUUUUUUAAUUUCUAGUUUUAUUUCGGUCCUGUAUUGAGAAAAAAAUGCCGUCCCAGCUUUGUGCAUCUUGUAUUUUGCGAUGUUGCCCAGUUGUUCUAAAUCUAUUGAGACUGUUCUUUCCUUAUUCUUUACUUUGUUAUUUAGAGAUGCGAUAUUUCUGUUUUCUUUCUUUCCUAAUUGACUUUAAAUUGCAUGGAAAAAUUUCUUAUCAUGAAAGCUGACUUCCUGUUCCGCAGAAGAAAAUUUAAUUACAUAUCUGAAAUCCAUGAAGUUUUCAGCGAAAGAGCUGAAUAACAUGUAGUGGUAAUAAAUAAUUCAUUGGUAUACUGUGCUGAUUGAUCAAAAGCAGGCUGUAAUACAUUCAUAAUCAAAUCAGUGUACUUUUUUCUUUCAAGACUUGGGAAGGUCUUGUUGCACCUUUAACUGCUACAUGGAGAAUAUUGAAAGAGAUGUUUCUUUAUCACAGUCCAUAGAAUAUGUUGAUGCGAUAUGCCUUGAUGAUAAAAGAAUCAUUCUUCCUGAUGGUUGUACUACUGCUACUUUGACCACUGCAGAUGGUGAGGCAUUGCCAGUUACAUUUAUUGUUUCACAACAUCUUCAAGAAAGUUCAGAAAUAAAUAAUCAACCUUUAGAAGAAACAAUUACAUCUGAAAACUGUGAUAUCAUAUCUGAUAAAGAUACUGAUUGCAUCGAUGUGGAUAAUAUUAAUGAAGAGCCACCUGCUGUAUAUGCUGUGCAUUUUCCAUCUGAAAUAAAAGAACAUGAACACACUCCAGACUUCCUGCAAAUACAAGAAAGUGACAGCUUAUCUGAAGGAAAGUCAUCAGUUAUGCAGGAAAAUUCCUUGGAUCAGGAUUUACUUGAUGUUCAUAGUGAUAUUGAACCCAUAAGUACUAUUACCCGGUUGGAAGAUUUCAUGGAUGUCGUCACUACAUAUAAGUGCAAGUUCUGCCGAUUUUCUUGUGCUUGGAAAUCUGGACUAAUGUCUCAUAUCAGAUGUUGCCAUAUCAAUGAGAAGAAAUGCAUUGUGACCCUUAAAGCUGAGAAAGAUAAAUCCGUUUCGUCUAGCAAUGAUAAACAAAAAGAAGAGCUGUCUUUGCAAGAUGAAAGUUGUAAUAGUCUACCAAAGAUAGAAGAUGAACUGGAAGAGGAAUCUUGUAAUGAUUCUGAAGUUAAUGUGAAAAAGGAAAAAGAAAUAAACAAAUUAUAUGAUGGUCUUGAAGUAGAAUCAAAUGGGAAACAUGCUGUAACAGAUGCACCAGUUGUGGAACGACAUAUAUUUUUAUGUGGUCAGUGCAGUGACGGGUUUGCUUCUCUCGAAGACUGUAAGCAACAUAUGAUUGAUGAUCAUAACUUAAAACUUGAACAAAAUAAUGCCAAAUCUGUUAGAAAACGGGGUCGUCCAAGAACUCGUCCUUACGCUGAUACUAUUAAUCAAUCAGAUGGCAAUGCUGAUGCCUCAGGAACAAGAGAAAACAAAAGGCAAUGCCGUCCACCAAAGAAUUUAGAAGAAGAUUAUGAUUAUGGUGUCAAAAGAAAAAUUCGCAGAGAAUGCAUUACUGACAAAAUAUUCAGGUGUACUCGAAGUGGAUGUGGCCAUAGGUUUAGUUCAGAAGCUAAUUUACACUAUCAUUAUACUUGCCAUUCGGAAAAUGUAAAAUCAUUUAUGUGUCGUGAAUGCCAUGAUGAAUUUCAUCAUUGGAGGGGACUUGCUAUGCAUCUUUGGAAAGAGCAUACAAUAGAUGUUGAUCUGCAUUCUUGUACUGAAUGCAGCUAUAAAACAUAUAGUUAUUUUAAACUGGAUAACCAUCGUAAAAUUCACAGUGAUGAAAGAGCUUUUGUUUGUCCAACAUGCCAUAAAGGAUUUAAACAAAUCAGUCAGCUACGUAAUCACUUAGUGAUUCACUUAGAUCGUAAAAAUCUGCCUGAGAAGCGAUGGUAUAGUGAGCAACAAUGUGAUACAUGUGGCCGUAAAUUUUCAGAUGCCAAAUGUCUUAGGAAGCACCAACAAGCUGUUCACAGUAAAUUAAAACCAUACAUUUGUUCUUAUUGUGGUCAUCUUAGUGCGCGUAAAGCUAUGUUAGAGCUGCAUAUGCGGCAGCACACUGGCGAGAAGCCAUUUUUAUGUGAACACUGCGACUAUCGUACUGGAGACCACAAUUCUUUGAGGCGACACCGAAUGAGGCAUACUGGAGCCAAGCCUUACAAAUGUCCUCAUUGUCCUUAUGCUUGUAUACAGGCUAUAUCAUAUAAAACUCAUUUAAGAAAUAAGCAUCCAGGAAUGGAAGGAUUAUUUUCUUGUACUAUCUGCACAUUUAAAUCAGUAAGUAAGGAAAAUUAUGUGAAUCACAUGUCAGACCACAAACGACAAGCAGAAACACUUGUACAGAGUUCAACUAAUAUUACAUCAGAUUCUGAAAUGCCUCUAGAAUCGCUUUCAGUAUCUGAUCAGUCUCCAAUACAAAUGCAACUGUCAGACAACACAAUGCAACAACUGGAAGGUAUUUUAGAUUUAAAUGCAGCUCAGUUAGUUUGUUCUUGCCUCAAUGCAUUGAGUCAAGAUGGAGGUACUCUAAAUCUCCCUCCAGGUGUAACUGUAAACAUACCACCAUUCUCACCAUCUGCUGAUGGCACGCAAACCAUUACUAUUCAGCUACCCACAGGUCAUGAAAAUGAAAAUGAACCAUAUUAUCUUGCUAUUCAGCAGCAAGAUGGUACAACUGCUUUAGUGCUUCCAUCAUCAACUGAGCAGAAUGAUGAAAGUGUUCAAGAAAAUGCAGAAUUAGACAAUGUAAAUUUUGUGGAACAGGAUGUGACUGGCAGUUCUUCCUUAGAUUGUGGUGUACUUCAAGAAGAUAAUGAAGGAAGCCAGUUACAUUCAGGCAAUUCAGAUUCUUUAGUUAUAGCUCACAUAGAACCAUUUGAUGAUCCAGAGAGCUUCAGUACUGAAGUGAUGACAACAAGUGAAGAUAAUCAAAACAGUUCAUAAAGGUGCAAUUGUAAAGCAAAAUCUGUGAUUUUUCUUUUUGUGCUACAGUUUGUGAUAAAUAUUUAAUUUUGUAUAUAUGUAUAUAUAUUAUUUUUAAAAAGUCGAGAACAUAUCAUAUUUCGAGGAAAAGUAAAUUUUAUGUGAAAGGUUUUGUUUAUGGAUUGGCUAAUUUUGUAUAUUAUUUGGUAUUUAUGUAUGCAGAAAAUAAGGUUUUCCUUAUUUGAAAUUUAUUAGAUGGUUAAUAGAAUCAUAUUUCUGUAAAAAAAUUAAGGUUUUGGAAGAAAUAAAUAAUCAAUAGACUUCUUGUAAAUGUGAUGUUAUAUUUAACUAUGAACUUGUAAGUAUGUGUUUAUAAAAAAAAAAAAAUCUGGUAUCACUAAAAUUAUGUAUCUGAACACUGUAUUUAUGAAAAUAUGGUAUCUAAUUUUGAAAUCAUGGCUUGUUUAAAUAAAAUACUUAGUAAUAGGCUUAAAUGAAAUUUAAAUUAAUCAUGUAUAAUUUUUAUUUUUUAUGCAUUUUAUCUCUAUUACUAAAUUAUUGUAGAUAAAAAGCGAUUUGAAUGAAAACCGUUACUUUUUAAGAAUAUCUUUGGAACUAUAAGCAUAAAAUUUAUUGAUUUGUAGUAAUUUGCUCACUGUUGAAGCAUAGUAGUUUGAAUUUAUGAAAUUCUGUAUAUUUCCUAGCCUAAUUUUAAGAAUAUAUUUCUUAAUACCUACUCUUUGUAAAAGUGUUUAAAUUAGUAUUCAUUGAAAGAUGCUUUGUAAUUCCUCAUUUUCCAUUUUAUGGAAAUCUGUGUUUUUCACAGUAACAGAUAUUGACAGUAUAAAAAAUGACUGAGUUAUUUCAAAUCCAUAAACUUGUUUACAAAAAAUACUUAUGUUAAAUAACAAUGUCAUUUAUGGGUUAAAAUAAAGCAAAAUUCAACCUUAGAUCAUUGUGGAUUUUAUAGGAAAACUGACAUGGUCUUUUCUUCAAGGAGCAAAAGCAUAUUAUAUUAAAGUAAGAAUAUGAUAUGAAUAAUAAAUUCAAAGUUGCUAGUUA